AUGAUGCCCAAGCUGAGCCCUCCAGCUGUGCCAGAUGAAGACAAGGCCCUGAAGCUCGAGACCACCAAUGAGUUGGCCGAACAGCCAGUGACGGUACUGCGAGAUGACCAAGGACGUGUAGCCUACCCUGGCCUCGUCCCUCAGCAGCCAGUAUCACCUACCACGCAGUUCCCUCCCACGGCCACGUCCCAACCAACACCGACAGGCGAUAUUCGAAAGACAGCUUCUGAACCAGUCGGGUCUGAAAUCAAGGAUCUACAAGAAGCGACGCGGCCGCAGGCUGGCCAGAGGUCUGCCACAGCUGCUCCCCCGAGAACAGCCCGACGAACCUCGGCGCUGCCACCCGCCAUCAAAAGGGCUGGUACCAAUGUCUCGCAACUACAGCAGGCCCUAUGGAACACCAGCUCGAACUUCCAGGAUGACUCCUCCAGCAGCGAUUCCUCCUCCGACGAGGACCUCGGUGCCGGCGUCGAACGUACCGACCAAGCAACUACAGCCGGCAAGAAGCCUCAGCCCCCUCGAACCUCAACGAGCGAUCGCUUUCGACGCUUCAAAGUCGGUAACGAAAACUAUAGAACCAAAGGAAAGGUCUCGAAGCGCGAUGGGCGGUUAGCCAUCUCGAUCAAGGAUACAAGUGACAAGGGCUACCUCGCCAAGGCCCUCGGUGCCACCGUCGGGAAGGUGGUUCCAAUGAAGGAGACUGAUGAAAACGAACAAAGCGAUGAACGACCUACUGCCGCAAGAAGGUCCUCCGAGACGAUUGUCACACCGGAGACUAUCCGAUGUCCCAAGCUCAAUAUUGUUAUUAUGGUGAUUGGGAGCCGUGGCGACGCUCAGCCGUUUUUGAAAAUUGGCAAGGUUUUGAAGGAACAGUACGGCCACAGGGUCAGGAUCGCCACACACCCAGCAUUUCGCGACUUCGUUGAAAAGGACACAGGGCUGGAGUUCUUCUCGGUGGGAGGGGACCCGGCAGAGCUGAUGGCUUUCAUGGUCAAGAACCCGGGAAUGAUACCGACUUUGGAGACCGUAAGAGCAGGCGAUAUUGGGCGGAGGCGGACAGCCAUGGCCGAAAUGUUUGAGGGUUUCUGGAGGGCUUGCAUCAACGCCACGGAUGACGAGAAGGACAUAAAAAAUGCGCGCAUGAUGGGAGAGAAGCCACCAUUUAUUGCCGAUCUGAUCAUCGCCAACCCUCCGAGCUUCGCACACGUGCAUUGUGCAGAAGCACUCGGCAUACCGUUACUCCUGGCGUUCACGUUCCCGUACACUCCGACGAAGUCAUUUCCACACCCGCUAGCAACCAUCAAAAAGAGCAACGUUGACCCUGGCUACUCUAAUUUCAUGUCCUACCCUCUUGUGGAGAUGAUGGUGUGGCAGGGACUUGGCGAUCUCGUCAACGAUUUCCGUGUCAAGACACUUUGCUUGGACCCUGUUUCGACACUCUGGGCCCCAGGCGCUCUGUACCGGAUGAACGUGCCAAUUUCUUAUCUGUGGAGUCCUUCUCUUGUCCCAAAGCCCGCGGAUUGGGCACCCGAGAUCGAUAUUUCAGGCUUUGUUUUCCUAGAUUUGGCUUCUUCAUUCACCCCUCCGGACCCUCUUGAGAAAUUCCUCAACUCUGGUGAUCAGCCUGUCUAUAUAGGCUUCGGGUCGAUUGUGGUCGAUGACGCCGACAAGUUCACAGAGAUGGUAUUCGAAGCGGUGAGGCUCGCGGGUGUAAGAGCGCUCGUCUCUAAAGGGUGGGGCGGCUUGGGUGGCGAGAACGUACCGGAAAACAUCUUCAUGCUCGAGAACACGCCUCAUGACUGGCUAUUCCCCAAGGUCAAGGCCUGCGUAAUCCACGGCGGUGCAGGCACUACUGCGAUGGCCUUGAAAUGCGGCAGGCCGACCAUGGUCGUACCAUUCUUUGGAGACCAACACUUUUGGGGACCCAUGAUCGGCAGGGCCAAGGCAGGGCCUGAGCCAGUGCCGUACAAGCAUCUGUCUGCUGAGAAGCUGGCGGAGGGGAUCAAAUACUGUCUCACCGAGGAGGCGCAAGAAAAGGCCCAGGAGAUGGCUCGUGACAUUGCGCGAGAGGGCGAUGGCGCAGAGAACGCGUGUUCCUUUUUUCACAGGCACUUGACGCUCUCUGGGAAACACAGUAUGAGGUGCUCGAUCUUGGAGGAUAAGGUUGCCGUGUGGUGGAUGAGGAACACUAGCCUCAGGUUGAGUGCGUUGGCAGCCGACAUCCUCGUGGAGAAGGGAUACAUCACCUGGCGCAAGUUGCGACUACUUCGGCAUUGUGAAUACAAUGAUUUUGAAGGGCCUGGUGAGCCAGUCACCGGUGUGAUCGGCUCUAUUGCUGGUACAUUCGGAGAAGCGCUUGGUGGUGUGGCAGGCGUGCCAGGUCGACUUGCAAAGACAUCAAAUAAGAGGCGAGAACGAAAAGAGAGACGCAGAAGGAAGGCCAAGCAAGUAGAAGAAAAGGCGAAUAGUAAAGAGGAGGGGACUGAUACGAAGACUAGAGGAAGAGGCGCAACAGAUGGCUUGGGCAAGUCCAAACUCCAAAACAAGAACGAUGUUAACAAGGAAAAGCCGGCCGAAACAGGGGGCAAUCAAGAGGAGGAUCCUGGUGAUGACCGUGACAGAGAGUCCAUCCAUACAGUCACGACUGAAGGAACAGCAGAAGAAGGAUAUGUGGAUCAGGUCGCCGAAGGCGUCGGCAAGUCCGCUCAAGCGAUAGCGACAGCGCCCAUAGACCUCUCGAUAGCCCUCGCGCAGGGGUUCCACAACGCACCCAGGCUCUACGGCGACGACACCGUGCGCCGGCCCACCCGAGUCACAGGCAUCAGGUCCGGGCUGCGGGCUGCGCGGUCAGAAUUCCUGUUCGGCGUGUACGACGCAUGGACAGGUGUGGUGCGGCUGCCAUACCGAGGUGCGCGGCACGGCGGCGGCGUGGAGGGCUUCGCCAAGGGCGUGGGAAUGGGCCUGACGGGUUUCGGGCUGAAGAACAUCGCGGCGGCGGUGGGCCCUGUCGGCUACACGCUCAAGGGCAUCAAGAAACAGGUCGAGCGUCGGCGGCAGCCUACCAAGCACAUCCGGCGCGCGCGCAUCCUGCAGGGCCAGGAGGAGGCGCAUCAGCUGGAUGACGAGGAGCGCAGUGCCCUAGAGAAGGAGGUCAUCCGCGGCUGGGAGGUGUUCCGGGAGCUUUGGAGCACUGUCGAAGGCAAGGAGAAAGCCAAGGGCGGGCUCAAGGCGCAGUUCAGCGCAACGCGCACGCGCGGCCAGGGUGUCCCUGAGGCACUUGAGAGUGUUGCUAUGGCAGAGAGGACGCUCGAGGAGGUCAAGAGGGGCGGCAAGGUGCAGACUGGCAUGAAGGAGUUCCGCAAGUCCGAGGACCUCGCGAGGAAGUCUGGGGACGUCUCUGCAAGGCAGUCGAUUGAUAGGCGGGGGUCUCCCCGUGGUGGUGGGAGAAAGUCGGCGGAUCAGCGGCGGUCACUGGACGCUGCUGCUGGUGGGAGGAAGUCUAUGGAUACGGGCGCGGACAAGCAGAAGAAGGCGGGUGCUUCUGAGCGCAUUGAGGAGGGCGAUGAGGGCCUUCUGAAGCCGGUCGAGCACGCUAAGGCGUGA